AUGACACCUCAUGGCAAGGAACUCUCUAAGGAUCUGAAAAAAAGAAUUGUUGCUCUACAUAAAGAUGGCCUAGGCUAUAAGAAGAUUGCUACGACCCUGAAACUGAGCUGCAGCACGGUGGGCAGGACUAUACAGCGGUUUUACAGAACAGGUUCCACUCAGAACAGGCCUCGCCAUGGUCGACCAAAAAAGUUGAGGGCACGUGCUCAGCGUCAUAUCCAGAGGUUGUCUUUGGGAAAUUGA